AUGGGAAACACUUGUGCCAGAAAGCCACUUACUGAUUCUAUUCCAUAAAAGCGUAACGGAUCAUAGCCUGAGAAUUCAGAAUUGAGAAGUAUGACUGUAGAGUCUGAAAAUCUACUCAAUUCCAACGCAAAAAUCUCCAAAGAUGAUUUUAAGAUCAUAAAAGUAAUUGGAAGAGGCACUUUUGGAAAAGUAUUUAUGGUUAAAUUGAAGGAAAACAACAUGGUUUAUGCAAUGAAAGUUUUGAAAAAAGAAUAAGUAGCAUCAAGAAACCUUAGGGUAAAGACAAAGGCUGAAAGAGAUAUUUUGGAAAAGAUAAAAAAUCCAUAUAUCGUGGAUUUGCACUAUGCAUUCCAGACAGAAGACAAGCUGUAUUUCGUCAUGGACUUUUUAAACGGAGGUGAACUAGAUUUGAAACCUGAAAAUAUCAUUCUGGAUAGUGAUGGAAAUCUAAAAAUCACAGAUUUCGGAUUAUCGAAGCAAGGACUCGACAAAUAAAAUGAUAAGAGCAAAACUUAUUCAUUUUGCGGAACACCUGAGUAUCUUGCGCCUGAAAUCAUUACUGGAGAAGGACAUGAUAAAGCAUCAGACUGGUGGAGUCUGGGAGCAUUGAUAUAUGAGAUGCUUUCUGGUAGACCUCCACAUUAUCAGAAAAACAGAAAGUAAAUGAUGGCAGACAUUGUUGAAAAACGUAUCGAGAUGAAACCAUAUUUCAGUGUAGAGGCUAAAAGUCUUCUUUCAGGAUUACUCGAGAGAGAUCCGAGUAAAAGACUUGGGUCCGGAGAAGAAGAUGCUCUUCAAAUCAAGAGACACCCUUUUUUUGCUAAGAUUGACUUUUAAAAGCUGUAUGACAAAUAAAUAGCUCCACCAUUUAAACCUACUGUCUCUGGACCUGAAGAUACUCGGAAUAUUGAUAAAAUGUUCCUCGAUGAAACUGCUAAAGAUACACCGGCUGUUUCAAAUCUUUCACCUGAUGCUAAAAAGAAAAAUCACUUUGAUGAGUUUACUUAUCAAGGAAAUAAUGGAGGAGUAGAAGGACUUAAGUUCAAGAAGAAAUGA